GAGCUCCACGGGGUUCGGCCGCGGAACCUCCUCACGGUACUUGGGGCAUGUCCACGUGUUCCCCGGGGUGGAGGGACGCCGCUCCCCUCAGAGGAGCAUCGUAGGAUGGCGCUUAGCGAAGCAAAUUUCACGUGUUGGUGGGGGAAGCGGCCCUGGGGAUUGCAUUAAUAUUUUUUUUUUAAACAAAAAGAAAAAGGGAGGAGGGCUAGUGACAAAAGCGCUGACUGUGUAAAAUCGUUUAUCUUUCGUAUAACCUCCAUGGAAGAAGCCUUCCUUGAAGGAGCGAGGUAUGUUACUUCAUGACACGUCUCACCUUAAUCAAAAAGGUGAUGUGACAGAGCAGGUCGACUGCUGUGCAUCCACUUAGCUUAUGUACAGUUCGUGUUCCAGUAAAGACAGUAUUUCUCCACACUUCCUUACCCUUGGAAAUAUUUCCAUGCAAGCUGCUACGCUGUCCGUGACGUGCCUUCCCGAGCUCAGGAAUCCUGCAAGAAGGUAUUCAGUAGCUUUAUUCAGAGCACACAUCAGAGGGCUUGGAUGUUCUCCAUCUUGAAUUUGUUUUAUUUAACUUCACCUCAGGAGAACACUGGACCUGAAAAUAUCUGGGAUGUGUACAGUAAGGAUGGCCCCCAGAGGAAAAAACGGAAGUCUGAAGUUGCAGAAGUGGACAAGCAGUUAGAUAUCCUGGCUAUUGGUACAGCAGUUGGUAGCAUUUUGUUGUACAGCACAGUAAAAGGAGAAUUACACAGCAAGCUAGAUGGUGGUCAUGACAAUAAAGUAAACUGUGUGAGAUGGCAUCAAGACAACUGCUGCUUGUAUAGCUGUUCAGACGACAAACACAUUGUGGAAUGGAACACACAGACCUGCAAAGUAAAGUGCAAGUGGAAAGGCGACAAUAGCAGUGUCACCUCUCUAUGCAUCAGUCCAGAUGGGAAAAUGCUGCUGUCAGCUGGUAGAACUAUAAAACUGUGGGACCUGGAGACCAAAGAAGUCUACAGACAUUUCACAGGCCAUGCUACGUCAGUGUCAUCAUUAAUGUUUACGACGGUGAAACCUAUGAAUGAAAGUAAGCCCUUUGAUGGAAUUACAGGGCUUUAUUUUUUGUCUGGAGCUAUACAUGACCGAUUACUGAGUGUAUGGCAGAUCAGAUCAGAUAGGAAAGAAAAGAAUGCUGUCAUGUCUUUCACAGUAACAGAUGAACCAACUUUUAUUGACCUGACUGUAUCAGAAGUCAAAGAAGAGCCUGUGAAGUUAGCAGUUGUGUGCAGAGAUGGACAGUUGCAUUUGUUUGAACAUAUCUUAAAUGGUUAUUGCAAAAAACCCUUAACAUCAAACUGUACUGUCCAGAUAGCAACGCCUGGAAGUGAUGGAGACUCCACACCAAAACCAGUCCCUAUUCUAGCAGCUGCAUUUUGCGCAGACAAACAGUCUCUGCUGCUUGUGUAUGGAAACACCUUACAGCCCAUCAUAGAGAAAGUGUCUUUGAACACCACUGAAUCCCACGUAUGUUUGAUACGGGACAUCCAGAAAGUGUUGUCACUUAAAACAGAUGUUGCUCUGACAAAGGUAAAGACACCUGUUGUGAACUCAGACACCAAAGUUCUAGUGCCUGGCAUUCCAGGACAUAGUACAGCUGUCAAAACUCCAUCAUCAGGAAAGGAGAAGAAGAAGAGCAAGAGGAAACCAGGAGAGACAGAGGAGAGCAUUGAGGAGCGCCUGGGGGCGCUGGAUAUCGACGUGAGCAAAGUCAAGACACCCGGGGGCCUUCCGCAGACAGACAGCUUAGCAGUGCUUCUGGUUCAGGGCUUGGAGAGCAACGAUGCAGAAAUCUUAAAUAGAGUGCUUAACACAAGAAAGGAAAAUGUAAUAAAGAACACAGUAGCCAGAAUGCCUAUACAUGCUGUCAUUCCAUUGCUGCAUGAGCUUACGAAGAGAUUGCAGGGCAAUCCAUAUAGUGCCUCUCUAAUGGUUCGAUGGCUGAAAUCUGUUUUUACUCUACAUGCGUCCUACCUUUCCACAUUGCCAGACCUUAUUCCUCAGCUGGGAAUGCUCUAUCAGUUAAUGGAGAGCAGAGUAAAAACUUUGCAAAAGCUUUCACGUCUGCACGGAAGACUCUUCAUUCUUGUCACCCAGGUUGCGGCGUCGGAAGCAGUUCAGGAUGUAGCUGAGGUGAAUCAGACUGCAAAGCUAGUAUACGAGGAUGAAUCCUCAGAGGAGGAAGUCUCAGAUGAUGAGAUGAUUGCAGAUAAAGACUCUGAUGAAAACUGGGACGAAGAUGAGGAAAGAGAGGAGCAGUCUGAUGAACAAGACAUGACUGUUGAAAAGGAAAUCAAUGGUGAUUCUGAUUUGGAACCAGAAAAUGAAAGUGAAGAGGAAUAACAACACAAAAGAAUUUUACCAGUUAAACAAGUGGGCCACCAAACUCUCUAAUUCUGGAUCAUCUUGCUGAAAGAUGCCACGUUUGCAUAUAGGGAGUGCAGACUCUUGCACAGCCUGUGUGCAGUGGCACAUGUGGGGCACUGUGCGCUUCAGAAUCCAGAAUGUUUAACCAUGCCAGCCUUCUCUCACCCUAUUUCCCUGUGCUUACUUAUAGAAACAUUUCUUCCACCUCAUGGUCAGAUUAUGCCUGUCAUGUGGACACGCAUUUGUAUCUCAAGUGAAAUAAAUCCACCACCGAUGUUUGUGUGGUAAACUUG